AUGGCCGGGCUCUGGAUCAACUCGGAGCUCGACUCCGACGCCCUAGAGCGUGUGGCGCCGAGGCCGGGCACGCUGCUGCAGGUGGGCGUGCUCGACGAAUGGGCCAGCCAGGGGUCCGAGCUCGUCUGCGUCGAGCGCGCCUGGCGGCCCACGGGCGGCGGAGUGCUGGUGGAAUUUCAGCAUAUCGCCGCGUCGGACGCGUACUUCGAGUGGUACGCCUCGGCGGUCGGCGAGGCGGGUGCUCGGGGGGCCGACACGCUGCUGCACAUCUGCGCCGUGCUUGCGCGGGAGUGCCGCGUUGUCGGACAGGACGGCUACACGCUCGAGCACGUCAACUUGUGGGGCAGCGACGGGACCAUCGAGCGGGCUCGCAUCGCGAUGGCUCAGCACGCCGAUGGAGGUGCAGAAGGCGAUCGAGGCGAGGAGGCUGCUGCCAUGCGCCAGCUGGAAGGGACCGACGUCGCGGGGGAGCGGGCCCAGGAGCUGCUGCAGGAACGCGCGGUGGCUGCGCAGGGCCGCCGCCACAGCAGUGCCCACAGGCCAGCGCAGGAGGUGCUCGCCUCGCGGGCCAUCGAGAAGGUCGGGAGCCCAGGCCGAGGGCGCUCGAGCCACGGGCACUCGAGCUUCGAGCGCGAGCUGCUCGCGAGGCUCGGUGGAGGUCGUGGCCGCCGCGGGAGCCCGCCGCGCGACGACGACGAGUCGGGUGCGAGCAGGGAGUCGGACGACGAUGUACUUGGGGAUCGCCGCGAGGGCCGAGUGAAGCACGACCACUUCAUCGACUACGCGAGGCGCAAGCCGGGUCGCCUCUUGAAGUCGGGGCUCGAGGCACUCGCCAAGCAGUUCCCAGCGGGUGCCCCAGGCGGCGAGCUUCCUGCCUGCUGCCGGGCCUUCCUGGACACGGUGUUCUUCGUCGAGCACCCGCCGAAGAGUCUGGGGGCGCACGAGGUGAGGCUGCUGCGUGCCCUCGCGACCAUUCUCGACAUGGGCUUGUCGGGGUCCACGGUCAAGGCGCUCGAUGUCGCGACGCAGGAGUUCAAGGCCCGCACCGCGGCGAUCAAGGGCGGCGACUGGUACACGGCGAAGUGGAUGGCCCUCAUCCCUACCGACGCUCAGCCCAGCGCCGCCUCUCGCGACGAGGAGGUGGCAGCGCGUCGGGUGGCCCACGCGGAGUUGAAGCGCGAGGAGCUCCGCGAGAAGCUGCUCCUGGAGCACGCGCUUAGCGUUGUCUACGCGUGCCGUGCAGACCCAGGUGCAUUCGGGUCGCACCUCCGUCGCGUGGGUUCGGCGCAGCCAGAUCCGCGGGCAGCGCGUCGUCGUGACCUCCCCCCGCUGCCUCUGCCGGUGCAGAGCUCACUCCUAGCGACGGAGGCCCUCAUCAAGCGCGGAGAACCGCUUCGUGACCGGGGGGCUCUCGUGGACAAGGGCUGCCAGGAGGCCAUCGGGUGGGCCAUCAUUGCUGGGCUCAACUUUGAAGCAGAGGGGCGCCCGGCAGGCGCGCCUCGGGCCUGGCCUCAAAUCGCGUCUCAGGCGCAGCAGGUGGCGCUUGCCAAUAUCAGCUGCGCGGCCGCCUACUUCGCGAAGGACGCGCUGGAGCCGCUGAGCGACCUGGACGUCGACAAGCUGAUCAAGACAAAGGGGAUCGGCUACAGCGGGCAGGAGGUUGAGCGCGGGGGGCCUCUGGUGAUGGGCGAGCUACUACCAGGGCUGGCCAAGUCGGGGUUGGCAGGUUCCGUGCAGGCCUUGGAUCUCGCGGCUCCGCAUGUGCAGGAGUGGUUGUUGGACCCCACGCUGCUCCUCAAGCCUCAGGACGAAUGGCCAGAGGAGGUCCCGAAGGCCAGCGUGCAGGUGGCAAGCGACGAUGAGUGGUACGCCAGGUGCAAGCACUUGGUGGAGGCAGGCAUGUUCGAGCCUGUCGAGGACCAGGAGAUCUUCCAGGUCGGGGGGAAGCAGGUGCUUGCGGGGGCCUUUGCAGUUGCGACGUCGGGGACCCCGACCCCGCCCUUCACGAGGGUCACCAGGCUCAUCAUCAACAUGGUGCCGCAGAAUGCCUACCAACGGAUUGCUGAGACCGACCUGGACACGCUGACCCCCAGCUCGACGUGGGCGUCCAUCGUCGUGCCCGAUGGCCAGGCCUUGUUGUGGUCGUCAGACGACCAGUCGGGGGCGUUUCAUCUGUACGCGCUACCGAGGGCCUGGCGGGGGUACAUGGCGUUGCGCAAACCGGUGCCUGGGUCGCUGGUGGGGCGGCCGCAGCUCAAGUGGGUCAAGAUGGCGGUCGCGGUGAUCCCGAUGGGCUGGCUGUCUGCUGUGAGCCUGUUCCAGCACCUGCAUCGGCGGCUAGGCAUCGGUGAUGGGCCUCACAGCGCGGGGUUCGACAAGAAGGUGGAGUGGCGGCGUGACCGCCCGCUGCCGCUUGUGCCUCAAGCCAAGGCCCAGGCGUGGGCGCAGUACUACCUGGACGAUUUCGAUUCCCCCGAGAUCGUGCCCGAGAGCGUCGCCACCCUCAUCGAGGGGACCAUCAGCGACUUUCAGGAGCGCCAGCGGAGGGCGUACUCCUCUGCCCGCGUCCCCUGGUCGGACAAGAAGGCGGUGUGUCGCCAGCGUCGCCUCGUCAGGAUGGGCGCCCUCGUGGACGGGGACGCCGGCCGCGUGGGGGUCACGAUUGACAACCUGAUGAGCGUCGGGCAGAUGAUCAUGUGGCUGCUUGCUGGCAAGGAGAAGGUGACCGCCAAGGCCUGCCUCAUGGUGCUGGGGCGGCUGGCCCGAGCGUUUGAGUUUCGCAGGCCGCUCUUCGCGACGCUCAACGAGGUAUGGAUCAUCCCCGAGCUGCGGGGCGCUUCAGAGCAGGGGGGGAGCGCCCUGCAGCAGGUCGUUCGCCUGCCCGAGGGGGCGCGCACCGAGCUGCUGGCCGCCCUGUGCCUGCUGCCGAUGGCGUUCACCAGCAUCCGCGCGACCUUCGACCCCGUCGUCCUCGCCACCGACGCCAGCGGGGAAGGCGGCGGGCUGUGCUACUCGACGGGCCCCACCAAGCAUGGAGCGGAGGUGGCGGGCGCCGACCCUGGUGAGGAGGGGCUCGCCUUCUUGCCUCGGGGCGCUAUGUCAUCGGCGGUGCCGCCGGAGCUGCUGCCUCGAGGGGUGCCCUUGCCGACAGUGGCGCUCUUCGACUUCUUCGGUGGGAUCGGCGCGGCGAUGGUGGCCUCGUCGCGGUGCCCCUGCAGGGUCGUCAUGUACGCUUCCUCGGAGAUAGACAAGGGGGCAAAGAGGUGCGUCAGGCAGCGAUGGCCAGGGGUGAUCGAGCUGGGGGACAUCACCAAGCUCGCCCCAGAAUCGUUGGAGAAGGUCGUCCGCUCUGCAGCUGAGGUGGCGAGCUGCGCGAUUGCAGGUGGUGGCUCACCGUGUAUUGACGCGAGCGGGCUCAAUGCAGCUGGCAAGGGGAUCACUGGUGCGAAAAGCGGGCUGUUCUUCGAGCUGCCCAAGGCCUUCAAAACCAUCGAGCGGGUCUUCGGCAAGCGGCGCACCAAGUGGUUCGUCGAGAACGUGGCGGGCAUGCCGCAGGACGACAUUGCGAUGGUCACCGAGGUGCUUGGCGUCAAGCCGUACCGCAUCGAGGCCAUGGAUGUGGGUGCGGUGCGUAGGCCGCGCCUGUACUGGCUCUCCUGGCAGCUGCAGGCCCGCGAGGAUGUGAUUGAGAUCCAGGAGGCUGAGUUCUACCACAAGGUGAAGCUCCAUGUCGCUGCUGAGGCCGUCCCAGUCUGGGCUGAAGACGGUUGGAGCCUGCUUGACCCUAGUCACGUGCUGCCGACCUUCGCUAAGCUGUACAAGAGGAGCUCCCCCCCAGCUCCGGUCGCAGGGAUCAAGACGGCCAGCGACAUCGCGAUCGAACGAUGGACAGCCUCCAGCUAUGUGACGCAGGUGUACAAUUUUGAGGAUCAGAACCUUCUCCGGAACGCGGCCAGGGACAAGUGGCGCAUCCCCUCUGCUGAUGAGCGCGAGACGCUGAUGGGCUUUGAUCGCGGAUGCACUCGCGCUGCUGUGAAGGACUCUGUGCCUGGAGUUGAGGCAGAAAUCAUCAGGUCGUCGCUCAUCGGGAACUCGUUCUCUGUGCAGGUCGUGUCAUACUUGUUUGCGCAGCUCCUGGCUCGAGAGGCUGGCCGUGCGGCCCCCGACAUCGCGCCGCUGCUCCGCACGGGGGCGGCGCCGCCAUCGUGGGGCCAGGAGCCCGAGUUUGGGGGCGCCGAGGUUAGCGAUCCUGACCUCGAGAGGCGGCUGGUGUUCAAGUACCUGCGGAUCGCCAGCAGAGGAGGUGCAGACGUCAGACUGGACCUGCAGGCCCCCUUUCGUGCCAAGGCCUGGCCGCGCUCCGGGCUGCAGUCCAACCUGUGGACGCGGUCCAUUGGGCGCGGCUUCCCGUGGAGGCAGGAGGCGCACAUCAACGAGCUGGAGGUGGGCGCGGCUGUGAAUGCGGUCAAGCGGCGUGCCCGAACGACGGCUCGGUUCGGGACCCGCUACCUCCACCUCCUCGACUCGCAGGUGGCGGCCAGCGUGCUCGCCAAGGGGCGGUCCAGCGCCAGGGGGCUGCGGGGCUGGAUGCGGGCGCACGCGUCGUACCUCGUCGCCUGUGGCAGCUACCCGCUGUGCGCGUACGUCGACACGGACGACAACCCAGCGGAUGUGCCGUCGCGCUGGUUUGACAUGGGCUGCCAGGGGCCGCGGCUCAAGCGGGCCGUGGACGCCAAGCGGCUCAGGCGUAGCAGGCCGCUUCAGGAUGGACGAAUUGCUGCAGUCACCCGGCAGCGCUAUGAACAGGCGCGACAACACUUGCGAGUUUUUUUCAACGAGCAGCAGCUGCGCCCAAAGACCGUGCGGGAUGUUGACCAAGGCGUUGCCCUGUACAUCGAGCACGUAUGGCGCACGGGCGGCUCACUACUUGCUGUGAACAAUGUGCUCGCUGCUGUGCCAUUUUUCAGCCCGUGGCUGUCGGGCAAGCUGAAGCAGAGUUGGAAGCCCCAGAAAACUUGGCUUAUGUUGGAGCCCAACGCCCGUGCCAUGCCGAUGCCGCCGCUGCUCGCCCUCGCCUUUGCAGGAGCCUUCUGCUGGUGGGGCUUGCCGCGGGCGGGCGCCUUGCUCGCCGUCGGCUACGCGGGGAUGCUGCGCAGUGGUGAGAUGCUGCAACUGAGGCGGAGGGACAUUCGCAUCUUUCAGCGGCGGGUGUCAGCGAUCGUGGCGCUCCGCAACACUAAGACGGGGCAGCGCGACGGCAGGCUUGAGCUCGUCAUGAUCCGCCCCAGGGUCGCGGUGAAGCUGCUGGCGCAGCAUGUGCAAGAGCUACCGCCCGACGAGCUCAUCCUGAACAUCGAGAGGGGUGAGUUCAUGCGGCUCUUCAGGCGCGUGGUGGUCGCGCUGGGCCUAACAGACGAGAGGGUGGCCUUGUGCUCGUUUCGACGCGGAGGCGCCGCGCAUGACUUUUUGGAGCAUGGCAGUCUCGAGCUGACCCUGCUGAGAGGGAGGUGGGCGAGCGCGCGGUCUGCACGGGUUUGCGUGCAGGACGCGGUGGCCGCGCUGGCCGAGCUGCAGCUGUCGGACCUGCAGCUUGCGGAUGCCCGCGCGCUCGCCUCCCAUGUCUGA